AAGAUGAACGUCAUCUACAUCUCGCCCACAUCUCGCUCGCAUCUCACCGACAUCUCGCCCACGUCUCGCCAACAAGUGAACAUGUCGUCAUGAAGAAGAUUUAAAGAAAAAAAAACAUAGAGACUGGUUAUCACACCGUUAUUUACAAGCAGGUGUCAAUAAUAUCAUCACGUGUGCAGUUUUCUAGAGAUUGAACCUCAUCACACCAACCGAUAUGAACGACUCGCAGAUUUUUGCCAGCACCAGUCUUUCCCGCAAUUUCCGGCGUUUUCGCGCUCUGGAAAGCCCGGCUGUAGCCUACGAGGUCAACGUCACUACCGGUCCGUGCUGCGCGAGCAUCGUAACGGCCAAAGGGCGGCGCACGAUAGCGCGGCUGAUACUAGCCGUGGCGCUGAUCCCAGUGUUGGCCAUGGCUGUACAGAACGCCUUCAUCACCACCAACAGCAACAACAGCGCGCAGAAGGCGUGGCAGCUGCGGGACUACAUCGUGGCGAGCGUGGACCUCGGUGCACUGGUGCAUGUCAUUCAGCUGGAACGAGGCGUGUCCGCGCUGUACCUCAGCUCCCAGGGUGACGUCAGCAUCAAAGCGAGCCUGGUGGCGCAGCGGUACGACCUCGACCUCGAGAUCCAAAAAUCCGCUCAGUGGCUUUGGGAGGAGGACUCCUUCCAGGACCUGACUAUCCUGGGGGACAAGUUCCUCACGCAGGACACGCUGAUGUCCAGUUUAGUGAGUUUCCGGGAUGCUGUGGACAUGCGCAACGUGACUGUCACAGCAACCCUGAUGUUCUAUUCUCAACUGAACGAACAGCUGCUGGCGCUGAUGGUCAGUUGGAUGCUCAAGUCGUUCAGCGUCAGCCUUGGCUCUCAGCUCGUGGCCUACAACAUGCUGAUCGUCAGCAAGGAGCAUGCCGGGUUGGAGAGGGCCCUUGGAAGCAGCUUUUACCUGCAAGGUAACUACACCAACAGUCAAAUGAGAGACUACCUGGAGAAAAAGUUACUAGGGGAAAGCUACCUGUCCCGCUACCAACAGUACGCAGCAGGGGAAAAUAACCUCGUGUCGAAGAACUUUGAGGGGACGCAACUUCAGAAGACGCUGCAAACGAUGCGCCAGACGAUCGUGGACAACGUGUACAACAAGCAAGAUGUUACCAUGGGAACGUGGUGGUUUGGCAACAUGACUCUGUAUAUCAACAUCCUGAAGGAUGUCCAGGACCACAUCGCCAAGUACAUUGUGACCAAGCUUGACGAGGAGAUUGUCGGUCAGCGUCAGAACCUCGUGGUCUCCAUCAGCAUCAUGACGGCCGCCAUCUUCCUCCUCUUUCUUGUCGUCGUCUCCGUCAACCGCCUGACCAAGCGGCUGCAGUCGUUCGCCGUGAGCCUGCAGGAGAAGACCGUGGCACUCAACAUGGAGCGCAAGCGCAGCGAGAACCUGCUCAACGAGCUGCUGCCGCCCACCGUGGCCAGGAAGCUCAUCGCCGAGGAGCCUGUGGAGCCCGAGCUCUUCCCCCACGUCUCCAUCUUCUUCUCCGACAUCGUGGGCUUCACGCAGAUCUCGUCCAAGAGCAACCCCAUGCAGGUCAUCGACAUGCUCAACAUGCUGUACGAGGCCUUCGACGAGAUCCUGGACCUGUACGCCGUGUACAAAGUAGAGACCAUAGGCGAUGCCUACAUGGUAUCUAGCGGGCUGCCUGUUCGCAACGAAGAGAAUCAUGCUGUAGAGAUUGCAGAGAUGGCGCUGGAACUAAGGGAGGCAAUUUCUAACAUGUCCGUGCCGCAUAUGCCGGAAGUACAUAUACAGAUCCGCAUUGGACUGAAUUCUGGCUCUGUUGUUGCUGGAGUCGUCGGCCACAAGAUGCCGAGAUAUUGUCUGUUUGGGGACACAGUCAACACGGCCUCCCGCAUGGAGUCGUCAGGACUUCCUUUAAAAAUUCAUAUCUCAUCUUCGACAUUCUCUGAACUUGGCCGACGCGGUGGCUUUGAAAUGGAAUCAAGGGGCCCUGUGCAAAUAAAGGGAAAAGGAACUCUCCAUACAUAUUGGCUUAACGGAAAAACGGGAUUCCGCUGCAGAAAGCGAAAGACUGUGUCUGGUGGACUCAACCUUCAUCUUUGAUCACGUGAUGGAUACUUCAAGAUGACUGGUGCCCCAUGCGUCAUGAAAAAAAAUCUUUCAUCGUCAGAAAGAAGAGUUCUGUCAUCAAGAGGAGAAGUGAAUUAUGAAAGGUCGAGUGUUGCCGUGCGGCAGGAAGCUACCCGGAGUUGAUCAACAGCCUGACAAACGGGUGGAGGGUGGAGCUGCUCGCUGUUUACAAAGAAGUAAACUGGUCAGAAUCGCAUCAAGAAAUUUCGUCACUUCGUUGUUUAUUGCUUGUCUGGUUUUGUUUCUGAAAACACAUUCUUCGUGAAACGCGAGGACUGGGUGUGGAUGGAGCUAGAAUGGAAUACCCCGGUGCAGGAUUUAGAUUGCGCAGUAAAAAUGUCCGACAAAAAGCCUUCAAACGGGAUCCCUGGUUCUUUUCAUCAGGGAAUGCCCCAUUGAUGCUGGCUGUGAAGUGCCACUUUUAAAAACUGAGCUUUAGGACUGAUUGUAAACAACACCAUCUGUACACAGCCUCUCCCUCCUUCACACAAACUGCGUGGGACAAAAUAAAUCCUUUCUCAAAUACUACGAUUGCACGAGGUCUUAAAGUGUUCACAGUUGAAAAUAACAAGAUUAUGUUAAUGGAGCUACAGUAUGGGAGGUGGACAGAGGUCUGUGAAUUGUCGAUGGUAACAAAUGAGCAGGAUUUUUAUUAAUAUAUCACAGUCACGUGAGCCUGUGUAGGUGGUAUUGUUUAGCAGAAUCAAAAGUAAGGAUCAAUGAAUAAAUAUGUAAAAAUAGUCCUAUUUGUCUCAUUGACGAGCUCACAUGAAAUGCAUAAAAGAAAGUCAUAUCUGUCUUAUUGACAAACUUUUUUUUUUGCUGCAGCAAAUCAUGGAUUUCUGUGGCUUUCACCUUUGGAUGAGAGUCUGGCAACAGAGAUUAAAAAUAAAAGGUUCCCUCGAGAGUGGCAGAGCGUCUGUGUGUGUGUGUGUAACAAGUGAGGUUUUAUUUG